AUGAAGUACGUCACUCUUUUCACUGCCGCUGCCACGGCUUUCUCCACUGCUGCCGCAGUCAGCGUCUCCGGCUCUGCUGAGGGUUUCGCCUCGGGCGUCACUGGCGGCGGCGAUGCCACCCCGGUCUACCCCACGACCAUUGAUGAGCUGGUCUCAUACCUCGGCGACGACGAGGCGCGAGUUGUUGUGCUGAGUCAGACCUUCGACUUCACCGGCACCGAGGGAACCACCACCUCCACCGGCUGCGCCCCUUGGGGAACCGCCUCCGGGUGCCAGGUGGCCAUCGACCAGGACGACUGGUGCGAGAACUACGAGCCCGAUGCUCCCUCCGUUUCAGUGACCUAUGACAAUGCCGGUAUCCUCGGUAUCGCCGUCACCUCCGACAAGACCAUCCUGGGUGAGGGCUCCAGCGGUAUUAUCAAGGGCAAGGGUCUCCGUAUCGUCAGCGGUGCCACCAACGUCAUCGUCCAGAACAUCGCCGUUACCGAUAUCAACCCCGAGUACGUGUGGGGUGGUGAUGCUAUUACCGUCGACGACGCUGACCUGAUCUGGAUUGACCACGUUACGACUGCCCGUAUCGGUCGCCAACACAUCGUGCUGGGCACCAGCGCCGACAACCGCGUGACGCUCUCCAACAACUACAUCAACGGAGUGACUUCUUACUCGGCGACUUGCGAUGGCUACACCUACUGGGGUAUCUACCUGGACGGCGACAGCGACAUGGUUACCAUGAAGGGCAACUACAUCUACCACACCAGCGGCCGGUCGCCCAAGGUCGGCGGCAACACCCUCCUGCACGCGGUCAACAACUACUGGUACGACAACUCCGGCGUCGCCUUCGAGGUCGGCUCGGGUGCCUACAUCCUCGCCGAGGGCAACGUCUUCCAGAAUGUCGAUGAGCCCGUCCAGUCGCCCAUCGACGGUGAGCUGUUCACCUCCCCCUCCACCACCGCCAACGAGGCUUGCGCCGCCUACCUCGGCCGCGACUGUGAGAUCAACGGCUUCGGCUCCUCUGGUACCUUCAGCUCGGAUGAUACCGGCUUCUUCUCCGACUUUGAGGGCAAGACCAUCGCCUCUGCUACCACCUAUACCGCCGUCGCUGCUAGCGUGACUGCCAACGCCGGCCAGGGCAAGCUGUAG